UCCGCGCCGUGGUUGGCGGCGAGCCGCGCGGACGGGGCAGCUUCCCGGCGUGCACUGCGCGGGGGGCGGGGCGGACCGGUGGCGGUGGCUCUUCCAAGGUGACCGGGGCUGGGCCGGGCUGUUCUCCGCCGCCCGUUUGCGCUUGGGGCACCCGGGCCCUGGGGCUGACGGCGUCUCCUGGCCCCGCCGCCUGCGGGGGCUUCUCAGGGCGGUGUCACCAUGAUUCUGCAUCAGAUUCUGCGACUUUCUUCCAUUUUUCGCUCUGCUGUUUCCGUUCACUUACGCAGAAACAUAGGGCUUUCUGCUGUUGUCUUUAAUAAGACAAAAGAGCUCGAUCCAGUUCAGAAGCUCUUCGUGGACAAGAUCAGAGAAUACAACACAAAGAGCAAGCAAGCUGGAGGGCCUGUUGAUACAGGACCGGAAUUUCAGAAAGACAUGAAUGAAUCUCUUGCCAGACUUCAACGGGCGUAUGGUGAGGGAGAUCUAACCAAGUUUCCAGAAUUUAAAUUUGAGGAGCCCAACUUUGAGGCGACUCUGAAGUGAUCUCUACAGGUUGUACACCAAACAGCCAUUUACAUCAAUGGAGUUGCUGAACACAGCACCAGUUGUAACUUAAUAAAUGUAGUAUUUCAGUUUGA